AUGCCUCCUAAAAGUAGAAGAUCAGAUUUAAUUUCGAAUCAGCUCAAGGUAAAUAUUAAUAUCAAUAAGAAAAGGAAGAAGGAAAUACUGAAUUACUUAAUAGAGAUUAUCAUAAAGCGAUCACCCUAUAUACGAAAGCUCUUUGUAAACUUAUUAUAAAAAUGAUAUUUUAGACCUUGAAGAGAACCCCAUCUGUUACAGUAAUCGUGCUCAAGCCUAUCUUUAUAAUAAUGAACUAGAAUUGGCCUUGUAGGAUUGUAAUAGAGCUUUGCAAUUAAAUCCAAAUUAUGUUAAAGCCACCACCAAUAAAGCUCAAGUGCUCUAUGAAAUGGGUUACCUUUAGGUAUGUCUCUGAACUUAUUCUUAGUAAGCAAUUGAAUGCUUGUAAGGUAUAAAUAAUCACAGUCCAGAAAGUCAAAUAUUGCUCAACUAAUAUUAAUCACAAUCUCUAAAAGUAAAACUGAUAUCACAUCAAGACUUUAUUAGAUUAAGGAGAAUUAGAACGUUAGAAGACACUAUUAGAAUGGUUAAAACAAGGAAAAGCUUAAUUUCCAAAAAUAAAAAUUGAAUGCUACUCAGAGUCUUAUCGCGGUGUUAAUGCUAAACAGAAAAUAAAUGCGAAAGAGCUGAUCCUCUUCAUUCCCAAAUCUCACAUGAUAACCUUGGAAAUGGCUAAGGAAACCCCUGUGGCUAAAAAAAUGAUAUAAUUCAGACUAGAUUUACUUUCACCAAAACAUUCAUUCCUCUCCACCUUUUUACUGCAAGAGAAAUCCAGACCCAAUUCUUUCUGGAAACCUUAUCUAGAUAUCUUACCAUAAUCCUACCCCUCAUUUCCCAUUUUCUUUAACAAUUAUGACUUAGAUUGGCUUCAAGGCUCACCAUCUUUAAGUACUUGUUAAUUCCAUAUAAAAUAGAGUAAAUCAACGACAAGCUCUCCGAUCUUAAGAAGGAUUAUAAUGACAUCUGUAAUGUUGCUCCAGAAUUUUCACAAUAUUCAUUUUAUGAAUUUUGUUGGGCGAGAAUGACCGCUAGUAGCAGAAUAUUUGGUAUAAACAUUAAGGGUGUUAAAACAGAUGCAUUUGUACCAUUAGCAGACAUGCUCAAUCAUAAAAGACCUAAAUUAACAUCUUGGUGUUAUUCAGAGGAAAAGUAAGGAUUUAUUAUAGAAACGGAUGAAAAAAUUGAUAGAGGACAAAUGAUAUUCGAUAGUUAUGGGAGGAAAUGCAACUCAAGAUUUUUAUUAAAUUAUGGUUUUGUAGUCGACGACAAUGAUGCAAAUGAAGUUAAUGUUACUGUAGCUGCUGAGUUUAAUGAUCCUCUCAUUUAACUAAAAGAAGAAGCUACAGAGGAAUAAUUGAAAUAGCCUAAGACAUUUCGUUUGAUAAUGGACACUGAUGGUAUUAACUAAAAUUACACUUUUUCUAGAAACAACAGUUAUGGAAUUCAUGAGUUAUAUCAGAUUUUUAGUGAUUAAAGAUCAAACUCAACUUUAAUUGCUAUUAAAUGGAAUAGUUUCCAAAUAUAUCAAACCUACUAAAAUAUAGCCUUUGGGAAUACAUAAUGAAUUAGAUAUGUGGGAUUUAAUAAGGCGAAUCUGUUAUGUGGCUCUAUCACGUUACCCAACUACAUUAGAAGUGAGUCUUUUUAUAAAUUACUUAGCAAGAUAAAGAAAUACUGUAAAUUUGUGAUUUGACUACAAAUUAAAGAAAUUGCUUGAUUCUCAGGAUGGGAGAAAAAGAAAUACUGAAAUUCUACUACCAGUUCAGUGAAAAAAUGAAAUAGCUUUUAAGUAAUUUUAAUUAAUAAGUAUUUUAUUAAUCAAAAUAAAUUAGGAAAUCAAUAUAUUCUGCUCGAAAGAAGAAAACUGCAAAUACUUAAACUAUGUAAAUAAAGUUAUUAUGUUUCAAAAUUAAAAUGAUCAAUGA